AUUAAAUAUAUACACUUCGAAGUGGUGUGCGGAUGUGUUAUAUGGUAGUACUUAACAGCACUUUAAACAGCACUGCGAGCACCACAACAUGUGGCUCGCUGUUGUCAUAAUAUUCCUGGCCGUAUUGGCAAUUGUCUUUAAAACUGUAUGGGGAACUUCUGGACCGAACCCUUUUGAUAUCGACACCCGCGAGGCUCUGAAACCCAUCGUGUUGGACCGAAAGGUGAAGAACAAAGUGCUGAAACAAGGCUUCCUGGCCAGUAAGAUCCCCCAGGACUUGGAUGCAAUAGUAGUUGGAAGUGGGAUUGGUGGUUUGGCAAUUGCUGUUCUGUUGGCUAAAGUGGGUAAAAGAGUUCUGGUUCUUGAGCAACAUGACCGGGCUGGAGGAUGCUGUCACACUUUCACAGAGCAAGGCUUUGAAUUUGAUGUUGGUAUUCACUAUAUUGGGGAAUUGCUGGAUCACAAGCCCUUUCGCUGCAUGAUCGACCAGUUAACCAAUGGACAGCUGCAGUGGGAGCUGCUGGAAAACCCCUUUGACCAUGUGGUCUUGGGUCCCCCUGAAAACCGACGCAAAUACCCUAUCUACAGUGGCCGAAAACGCUUCCCGGAGGAGCUGAAAAAGUGCUUCCCAGGGGAGGAAAAAGCCAUUGAUGAAUAUAUGAGACUUGUGAAGAAUGUCGGAAAUAACGGGUGGUUCAUGAUCCUGCUGAAGCUCCUCCCGACUCCUUUCGCAAACUUCCUGGUGUACACAGGCCUGGCUAAUCGUCUCUCUUCCUUCUUUCGCUACGCAUCCCGCAGCCUGACUGAUGUGGUGAAUGAACUUACACAGAAUAAGGACCUGAGAGCUGUACUUUGCUACAACUUUGGAACCUAUGGUAAAAUGCCCAAAGAAGCAAGCUUCUCAAUGCACAGUUUGAUUGUGUGCCAUUAUCUGAAUGGUGCCUGGUACCCGAAGGGUGGUGCUAGUGAGAUUGCCUACCAUAUGAUCCCGAUCAUUGAGAAGGCAGGAGGGGCGGUGCUUGUUAGGGCACCUGUCAACCGAAUACUCCUCAAUGACACUAAAGAGGCUAUUGGUGUGAGUGUGAUGAAGGGGCAGGAGGAGGUGCACGUACACGCUCCAAUGGUGAUUUCAGAUGCUGGAAUCUUUAACACCUACCAGAAGCUCCUACCAAAAGACGUGCAGGCCAUGCCAGCGAUCCAGAAACAGCUGAGUAUGGUGCAGAAUGGAGAUGGUGGUCUCAGUAUUUUCAUUGGACUGGAUGGGACGAAAGAGGAGCUGGACCUAAAAGCGGAUAAUUACUGGAUCUUUCUUGAGAAUAACUUGGAUGACCUGGUGGAGGGGUACAUGAAGGGGAAGAGGGAAGAAUCUGCUAAGAAUAUCCCUCUGCUUUUUGUGGCCUCACCCUCUGCCAAAGACCCAACCUGGCAGGAGAGAAAAUCAGGUAAAUCAACCAUAACUGUUGUUAGCUUUGCGAACUAUGCAUGGUUUGAAGAGUGGAAGGAUGACAAAGUGAAGAAUAGAAGUGCAGAUUAUAAAGAGCUGAAGGACACAUUCAUCAGUAGCAUUGUAGAGGUGGUGACUCAGAUCUUUCCCAAGAUCCAGGAUAGGAUUGAAUUUGUGGACGCAGGCACUCCAAUCACAAAUCAGCAUUACAUUGGUGCACCUAAAGGGGAGAUCUACGGCGCUGAUCAUGGACUUUCUCGCUUUAGCGUGGAACUAAAUGCCACCAUCAGACCACAAACUCCCAUUAAGAACCUCUUCCUCACAGGCCAGGAUGUAUUUUUGUGUGGUUUUGCUGGAGCAUUGGCAGGAGCGCUGACGUGUGGUUCAGUCCUCCUGAAUCGCUAUCUUCACCUGGAUGCUAUCGCCCUAGCCAAGAAAGUCAAGAAUGUCAAUAGCAACAAGAAGAAACAAUAAGUAUCAGAGUGUGCUGCCUCAUAAUCAUUUAGAUGUCAGAUAUGACUCAGGAGAACAGUCCAGUGAGGAGGCCAUCUGUGUGAUUUUAAAAUUAAGCACUGAACUGCUUUAAAACACUGUACCCAGGUAUUGUAUUUGUACCUAUUUUGUAACAAUGUUAGAAGUCAUUUAGGUAGCAGUUUAUUUUACAGUACUGUUCCACAUUUACAUGCUAUAUAAUUACAACAACUAUUGUAAUUACUAGUGCUAACCCUAACUUUAUCCCAUGUUAAGUACAUGUAGUUACCUAAUAUUAGUCAGUACUCCCUUGGGUAAGUACACUGUAAGUAUACUGAAAGUACACGUACUCUAAAAUAAAGUGCAACUGUCAUUUAUUGGCAAAGAGUAAACCAAGUGCCUUAGUGCUGUAAAAUGCACUUUUAAAUCUUAUUAUUUUCUAUCUUGUUUUUAAAGUACAUCAAAAGGGAAAGAAAUUAGGUUGAAUUGUCUAAAUUGACUUGUGUUUGGUGUGCCCGUAAAAAAUAUUUUAUUGCAUUAAGAUUUUUUAAAUUAUUGUAAAUGUAGGCCCAAUUUGAGGUUUUUAUUAAGGGUUUACAUCCUACUGUCUUUCUCAAAUGAUAUGUUUGAGAAGCCUUCUGAUGAUUUACUCUUUUUUUAAUUUAUUUUUAUUUUUUUAAAGGUGCACUCAGUAACUUUUGUCUUUGUGUCAUCUUGGACUUACACUGACACCUAGUGGCUUGGAUGCAGCAUCAUUUAAAAUCAAUAGUUUUCAGUUUCAGAUGCCAUUGUAGAAAUGUAGUACUCACAGUCAGUCAUGAUCACUUUAAUCAAUGAGUGAAAGUGUCAAAUAACAGGACGGUUACUGAGAUUAAGUGAGUAGUAUUCGUCUGGUCAUGUGAUUCUAACAUGUCAGCUCCCAUGUGCGGAACCUCUCUAUGUAGAAUAAAACAGCUUUUAUAAGGUUAUUGAUAUGACUGGAGUCUUCAUUUUAAUGUGAGUGGUCAUUAUUUCCUACAUAUAUUGCAAAAUUACAAUUCAUGUCUUUAGGAGUUAAAUGUUUUUAAUGAGGAAAAAAAUUACUGAGUGCAUCUUUAAGUUGGAGUGAUAUUUCUGAGUUAUAUGAACCUGGUUAUCAAUAAAUCCACUCAUCAAUAUUUGAAUUUAAUAAUUCAUUAAUUCAUAAACAGCAAUAAAUAUGUUAAUUUGAAUACCAA